CUGGGAAGUAGAGUCCUGUUGUUGAACGCUCACUUCCAGUACGUCCGUUCAAAAUUGAACUCGUUUGUUACUUUAUAGUAUUACUUUUGGCUUAAUAAAUCCAAGGGCCAUGCUGUCUGAAAUGCACUGAGCAGCUGACGUCAGACGGCAUGAACCCAAAUCUGCCACAAGGUAUCCUGGACACGAGCAGCAUGAGCCCUGGGGUGACGAAGAAGGACUCGGCCGGAGGGAGUGACGAGCCAUGGCCUGUCAGUGGCAUGUUCUCCUAUCCAGACCUGACCUGGAUCAGCCAUUCAACGAGCCAAGGAGACUUCCGGAGCCUGGACAGAGACGCUGGCCACUGCCGGAGGCUGAACUCGAAGAGGCGCAUGGACAAGUGUGAGCAAGGCCCCGUCUCCAAACACUUUGUGACAGAAGAACAGAUGGCUGCCCGCUUCACCUGCCUCAGUCUGAAUAACGACCAUUGUUACGCAUCUACUGGCUUCCCUGCGCAGCCGGGGCACUGCCAUGGACUCGAGACAGCAGAGGACAAGACGUAUCAACAUUUUGUAAUGGUAGAAGAGAGGUUAGAGCCAAAGGACUACGAGACGGAGGUCGAAGUGGAGACGUGCACAGACAUGGAGGUUUCUCCCCGUCUGGUAUUCUCAUCUGCGCUGACAGCAGACCGACUCAACAGUCUGGACACAGGACUGCCUCGCAGCUCCUUCUACUCCCUGUAUCCCACCGGAGCAGAACUCGUCCUGUGGAAGCCGCCUGGCAACUUCAUCCCCUCGGUAAUUCAGUCCCUGAGGUCGCGAGGAUUCGGAGGGGAGCAGCAUCCAGAAGAGGGUUCCCAUCGGGACCCUUCCAAGGACACGGACGAUGGGCGACUAAGCCUGGCUGAAAAGGCGGUCAGCGAAAUGGAGCUGGAGUGAACGAAGGUGGGGGGGUGGGGGGGAAUUCUGCACUUCAACCUGUCAUCCAGCUCUCGGGUGUCGGAAGAGAAGUACCACCCGGGUCCCGUUACAAGUGUGCUGCCCCCAAUUGGCUGAAACACUGGAGAUGCCAUGAGGUUAAAGGUCAGCGCAGGGCACAGCACAGACACUGCCUGGUGAUGGCACUCGUCCUGCCAGGCGUCACUGGGUUUGCAACAUGGAAGGCAGGCCGCGCUUUGGUUCUUGUCAGUUAAGACGCUGGGGGUCACCGUGCCAUAGUCUGGAAGGGCACCACAGAUGGAUUUGUGUUUUUCGUUUAUUUUGAUUGAGUGCUUCACCUUUGGAGACUUUUGAACACUUUUUGACUGCCACGAGUUAGGCAGGAGGUCUCAGCUGCAGGAAGCAGUUUACUGGAUUAAAACAAUAAAAUGGUUUGUUUUGA